ACCUCAUUCUUAAUUUCAAUCAUAAUUCCAUCUCAUUACGAAUCCUUCCAAAAUGAACGAAAUCUGGAAUCAAACACGCAUGAGAGAACACAAGUAAAAGUUACAAAACAGAACUCCCUGGCUUUCCUUUUUCCCUCAACAAAGGAGUGAAAGAAAAACCAGAUGACAAAUGAGGUGAUCCCCCUCCUCCUCCUCCUCCUCCUCACCUCUUGAAGAUCCUCUAUCAGAUCUGUGCUCUGUCUAAUACUCCACUACUAACCAAGGUAUAAACUGGUUAAGGAAUAAGUGGUGUUGAGGAACAUGGCAUUCGGUAAAUACUCUAGAGGGGAUGGAAGAAAAUCUUCAUCAAGUUACUGUUCAACAGUGACUCUAGUUGUUUUUGUGGCCCUUUGCUUAUUUGGUGUGUGGAUGAUGACAUCAACAUCAGUGGUUCCUGUUGAAAAUGUAGAAGCGACUUCUCAUGAAAGCAGAAAUGACAUGAAGGAACAUGUGAGUGAAAGCUAUGAGCACAGUCCGAUCAAUGAAAAUAACGAGAGCAAUCCUAAGCAGUUUGAGGAUAGCCCUGGUGAUUUACCCGAGGAUGCAACAAAAGGGGACAUCAACGUGAGUUCGGCUCAGGAGGAAGACAAUAAUUCCCAAGUAAAAGCAACUGAGACUACCAUGGAGGGAAAUCAAGAAGAGAAACCUGAGACUAAGCCUGUAAAUGAGAAUGUAGAGGAGACUGAGUCAGACGAUGCACCCAAAACUGAGACACAAAAUGGAGAAGGGGAUUCCAAUAUGGAGAACAGCGAUUCUGAAGCUGGGGAGACUAAGACAGAGAAUAAUGAUGACAAGUCUGGUAGUGAAGGGGAUUCUGAAGAGGGGAGUGAGAAGAAAUCUGAUGAGAAUUCACGUGAGAGUCAAAAUGGUGAAGAAGUGGAUGGUCAGAUAGAAGAGAAGGUGGAGCAAAAUGAAGAUAAGGAAUCAGUUCAAAGCUCUGGCAGUAAAAAGGAGGAUGGUCAGGCCAAAGGUCUGGCUUCAAGUGAGGUGUUUCCUUCUGGAGCUCAGUCAGAGCUUUUAAAUGAGACUACAACUCAAAGUGGAGCAUGGUCAACUCAAGCAACAGAAUCGAAGAACGAAAAGGAAGCACAAAAUCAACAAGCUGGGUAUAAUUGGAAACUUUGCAAUGUCACUGCUGGGCCAGAUUACAUCCCUUGCCUCGAUAAUUGGAAAGCAAUUAGGAGCCUUCAUAGUACUAAGCAUUAUGAACAUAGAGAGAGGCACUGUCCAGAGGAUCCCCCCACCUGCCUUGUUCCUGUUCCUGAAGGAUACCAACGUUCGAUUGUGUGGCCUACAAGCAGAGAAAAGAUAUGGUACCACAAUGUUCCCCAUACCAAACUUGCAGAAGUUAAAGGGCAUCAAAAUUGGGUCAAAGUUAGUGGCGAUUACCUUACUUUUCCUGGUGGUGGGACCCAAUUUAAGAAUGGGGCUCUUCAUUACGUUGAUGUUAUACAGCAGGCUUUGCCAGAUAUUGCCUGGGGAAAACGAACCCGUUUGGUGUUGGAUGUUGGAUGUGGCGUUGCUAGCUUUGGAGGCUUCUUAUUUGAUAGAGAUGUGCUCACCAUGUCACUUGCCCCAAAAGAUGAACAUGAAGCCCAGGUCCAAUUUGCACUUGAAAGGGGAAUCCCUGCUAUAUCGGCUGUGAUGGGCACACAGAGACUACUGUUCCCAGGAAGAGUGUUUGAUGUUGUCCAUUGUGCACGGUGUAGAGUCCCCUGGCAUAUUGAAGGCGGUAAACUUCUAUUGGAGCUAAACCGUGUGCUGCGACCUGGUGGUUUCUUCAUCUGGUCUGCUACUCCUGUUUACCGGAAACUUUCUGAAGAUGUUGAGAUAUGGGAAGCCAUGAAGCAACUAACAAAGUCAAUAUGCUGGGAGAUUGUCUCAAUAACUAAGGAUAGAGUGAAUCAAGUGGGAAUAGCUAUAUUUCAGAAGCCAUCUUCAAAUGAAUGCUACGAGAAAAGAUCUCAAAAUGAGCCUCCUGUCUGCCAAGUGUCUGAUGGUCCAAAUGCUGCCUGGUACGUGCCAUUGCAAGCAUGUUUGCACAAGGUCCCUGUUGAUGCAUCAGAAAGGGGGUCUCAAUGGCCAGAACAAUGGCCAUUAAGAUUGGAAAAACCACCUUACUGGUUGUUGAGUUCCCAGGUUGGAGUUUAUGGCAAGGCAGCUCCAGAGGAUUUCUCAGCCGACCAUGAGCACUGGAAGCGAGUGGUGAAUAAGUCAUAUCUUAAUGGGUUGGGGAUAAGCUGGUCCACUGUAAGGAAUGUCAUGGACAUGAAAGCUAUCUAUGGAGGAUUUGCAGCUGCCCUGAAGGAGUUGAAUGUGUGGGUCAUGAAUGUGGUUCCGAUAGACUCUCCUGAUACACUACCCAUAAUUUAUGAACGAGGUUUAUUUGGAAUCUAUCACGAUUGGUGUGAAUCAUUUAGCACCUAUCCUAGAUCUUAUGAUCUCCUCCAUGCAGAUCAUCUCUUCUCCAAGAUUAAAAAGAGGUGCAAUAUAGUGGCUGUGGUUGCAGAGGCCGACCGUAUUCUAAGACCGGAAGGAAAGCUUAUAGUUCGUGACAACGUUGAAACCAUCAACCAGCUGGAGAGCUUACUAAAGGCCAUGCACUGGGAGAUCCACUUAACGUACUCAAAGGACAACGAAGGAUUACUGUGCGUUCAAAAGACAAUGUGGCGCCCCACGGAGAGAGAGACUGUCACUUAUGCCAUUGCUUAAGCGUGUUCUCCUAUUGUGCUUGUAUUCUUGGAGCCUUGAUGCCACGGCGAAUAUGUAUUUUUCUUAUUUUGGUUGCUAAUUUAAUUGUAGUAACUUGUAAUUCGUUACCUUUUUUUUUUGGGGCCAAGUGUAUUAUUUUUCA